AUGCCUGCGCCCGCAACCCCGCAGCCCCGCCUGCGCCACGCCGCCACCACGCUCCUGCUCCUCCUGCCACCUCUCGCCACCGCCCUCGCCUGCCACCACCUGCGGCCCCGACACGACGCCUUCGCCUGGGACAGCCUCCAGCUCCUCCACGCCUUGGCUCCCAGCCCGACACAGCCCUGCCACCACCACCACCACACGCCCUUCUUCCCCGACAACCUCCUCCGCAACAACCACCCACACCACCACCACGCCACCGCCCUACGCAUCCUACAGCACCUCUUCCAC